AAAAAGGUUAAAAUAUGGGUAGAGCUACAGCAGCUCCACACCGACUACAACUGUUGUCUGUUACUAUUAUUAUUACGAGUAGUGAUUAAACAUAUUUUUGAAAAUUUCAUUGUGAAUUUGUUUGACUAGAAAUCGGAAUCGUUUCUAUUUUUUCUAUUUCUUAUUUUAAGGUCCAUUCCGUUAACUUACUACUGACCAUGACGAAAGUGUCUUUUUCCACGGUUGCCUAUUGUAAAAUUAUCGCCCAUGCAGCCAAAUAUCCUCAUUGUGAAGUCAACGGCGUACUGCUCGCCGACAUCUCGACAAGGGGCGAAAAUUUGGUUGUAGUGGAUACUGUUCCAUUGUUCCAUCAGUGUCUACACGUGUCUCCGAUGUCAGAGAUCGCUAUGAUGCAAAUCGAUCAAUCGGCCAGUUCGUGCGAUAUGUACAUUUGUGGCUAUUAUCUGGCCAAUGAGACGCUGGAUGACUUAAGUUAUGAUAAACCAGCCCAUAAGAUUGUGGACAAGAUAAUUGAACAUGAGUCAGAUGCCUGUAUGGUUGUGAUCAAUAAUCGAUUAAUGGAGUUAAAUCAAAAAGAAAGUGCACUAAUAGUGCAUGCACAAGAUGAUGGAAAAUGGAAACGUCUGAAUAACUCAAACGUACAAAUUGAGAAUGUAGCACUGGCAGCUGCAUCAGCUGUAUUACAACAACAGUUGUAUAAUAAUUUGGUAGAUUUUGACAAUCAUUUGGACAAUUUGGCUUUAGAUUGGCUCAAUAAAGAAUUUUGUCUCAGUGUGGAAAGAACAUCAGGACAUGACACAGGAAGAAGGUUAAUGAUCAAUAAAAUAGUUUCUUGACAAUUGGAAUGGGAUGAGGGAAUGAAACAAAUUAAAUUUUGAUAAAUUGAUUUUAGAUGAUUAAGAAAAUUUUUUUUAUUUUAUUUCAAUUAUCAGGUAUCAAUGAUUAUUUU